AUGUCCACUCCACGUCGACCGUCCGUGCUCAAUCGUGCCUUGAGCACGCCUCCAAUGAGCCCAAAUUCACCCCGUUCGACUGCUGUGAACACACCCUCCAAGCAACAGAUCGACCCUGCGCCUUCACGUCUGACCCCCCCAACAUCGCCGCGACACCUUCGAUCCUCGUCACAUCUCUCAGACAUCACGACCUCUCCGCCUCCAGUCGCUUCGCAGCUUCAAACUCACCCAGUCGAUCUAAAAUCCCGAUAUGGCCAUCUCCAACCAAUCCAAACAGACAUGCUCACCUGUACCACCGCUACACAGCACUCAUCCACUCCCCGAGCCUUGGAAUGCCCCUUCAACAUCGAGAUCCUGAAAGAUGAGCGAGGCCGUGAUGCCUACUUCGGCACCGGCGCCUGGAGUAUCGUGUACAAGGCCACGACACACGCCAAACAACGACAUACACCACCAACAAGCCGAAGCAGCCGUACCAUCACACCACCACAUUCGCCAAUGCUGAUGACUCCCGUUCUGGUUGCUGUCAAGAAACCCACCCGUCGCGAUGCGGCGGACAUCCUCAAAAGUGAGGCCAACACCCUGCGCUACUUACAUACGGUCGCCGAGAGCGAGCGGUUCAUCGUGCCCUUCUACGGCGUCAUCAACACAUCAACGCUCAUCCUAGGCGCCAUUCCCUACUCACUGGAGGAGCACAUCCGGCGCUGCGCCUUUCUCUCCAUCACACAACAGGGCCUAACUUCGACAUCCACCGAACCCAUCAUCGGCUCAACAAGCUCAUGGCUGACCCUGGCCCAGAAACUCACCACCGCCCUGGCCUGGCUCCACAUGGAAGCAGGAGUCGUACACGGCGACAUCAAACCAGGCAACAUCCUCCUCUCGCCCAACCCACCUUCAACCUCCUUCCCUUACACGCCCAUCCUCGCCGAUUUCUCCUCCAGCCAACUCCUCUCGACUGCUACCGCCCCAAACCCGCCACUGACACCGAACACUCUCUCCGCGGUAACCCGCGAAUUCACCGCGCCGGAACUCCUCUCGUCCGCCGUGCUGCGUGACCCAAAUUCGGCCGCCACGCGCGCCACAGAUGUCUUCUCCCUCGCUGUCACACUGCUCGUCGCCGCCACGGGCCAGCUAUUGGUAUACCCCGGCAGUGUCUUCCAGCGGCAGGCCAUGGCGACCCAGGGCUGGGGCGUGCUCGGCUUCGUGAGGAACGGUGAGGGUGGAAUGAGGGUGCCCCGCGCGGGCGUUGUGGAGCGGGUCUGCGAAGGCGCGGUCAAGAAGGACCCGGCUGCAAGGAUCGGCGUGCGGGCGUGGGUGUCGCUCGUGGAGGAGGCGAUGGCCCAGGAAGACGGCACCGGGAGACUCUGA